UUAUGAUGUCUGAGCAGAACACGCUACAAGUUUUUGGUUCAUGACUGAAGUGAAGCAUUUUGGUCUGAAGUGAAAAGCGUGUCUUUCUGUUACAGUAUUUUACUUAACUUUUCAGGUAAUUGUAAUCUGGUAAUUUACGUUAUUGGUAAGUAGCAAAUGGCCCAUCAAUACUUGGACCAAGGUUCUGCUAUUUUAAAAGACGAUAAGGGUUACUUCGUUCCAGCUACACAACGCGCAGACGGCACUUGGCGUAAGGAAAGACGGCUCAAGAAUAACUAUAUUCCCCAAGACGAAGUAAAACUUUACGAAUCUAAAGGUAAAAAAUUCGUUGCCAAUAAACCUACAUUACCUCCCGGUGCACCUGUUGCAAUGGUUGCGGUACCUAAACAAUCACGACAAACCAAACAAGUUCUCACCGAAAAACAACCUAAACAGGAGAAAAUUAAAAUCCCUGAGGUACAAAAACAAAUGGAUAAGCCAGUAGUAAAGCAGCCUGAGGUAGAGACAGGAACUGACCCUGUCAAACGGGUGAGAAAUCUUAAGAAAAAGUUGAAAAAUAUUGAAGAGUUGGAAAUCAAAGUUUCCGAAGGACAUUCUAUUGAUAAUGAUCAACGUAAAAAGAUUUCGUCCAAAACUACAGUUAUCAAGGAGAUUGCUCAUCUUGAAGCACUUGUGAAGUAAGAUUUAAUAUGGUUAAUUAUGAUUUAUUAUUGUCAAU